UAAAUUUCGACAUGGACAGUAUUAAAGCAUGCGAAGCAAUGGCUAUAAUUGGUAUGCUAAUUAGCUUUUUUGCAAUAGCAUCAGGAGGAAUUGAUAUCUUUCACAAAAUCUCUGGUAGAGAAGCGAUUGCUUCUUUUCAUCUGAUUACCACUGCCACUUCCAUUAUUUCAUUUGUGUUUAUUUUGAUUGGAAUUAUCGUCUGGGGGACCAAGCUGUACGACCCAGUGUCGGUGUAUGCCAACAUCGGUUAUUCUUUUAUCCUGAGCAUCGUCGGUGGAACCCUCAUCGUUAUUGGUGGGAUAAUGACUGGCUUGACAAGCAGGGGGUAGACUUUAAAGUCAAGAAACAUUGAUUGGAAUAAAUAAGAUAUUUUAAAAAUUUCAUUUGUCUUCACGUUAAAGGAUUGCAGCAUUUUACCUGAGUGGAUCGUACACAUUAUAUUGACUGAAGUAGGUUAUGGGAGGGGGUAAUUUUGUUACAGUCGGUAUUAUAUAUAGGGUAAUAUGAUUAUAUUGAAGCAAUUUUAAAUAACGCUGAACCUUUAUUGUAUUCUAAAUUUUGAAUCAAUGCAUUAAUUUUUUUUUCUGGAAAUCGAAUAUGCUUUUGAUAUAUUUAAAAAAAAAUAGAAUUAACAACUGAUUUUAUCUAAAAUUAUAAAAUUUAUAAAAUUAAUAAUUAUUAAAAUCAAAGAACGCAAUUUUGUACACAAUUCUUAAUCAAUUAUUGCAUAUUUUUAAGCGUAUUUUCUGCAUGAUUUAGUAAGAAAUAUUCAGAACUAA